AUGGAGGAGGGCCCCCUGCUCGGCAGCAUGUCCGGUCCCGAAGAGGCGAUGGUGCCAGACCUGUUCGGCGCAGACGGCGGGUUUGCUUCGGAAAACCUGCCCCUGAAGGCCCCGGCAGUGGCGAGGGCCGGGGACGAGGAGUUCCACGGGCUCAGAGACGCAUACCUGGGCGCCGCGGACCCCACGGAGCCGCUGCUGCACGCGUUCAACCCCCCGCUGACCGCGGCCUGCGAGGACGAGGCCAAAGCCGGGCUCCUGGUGGAGGGACACGAGGAGGACAUGGCGGGGGAGUUUCCGCGGCUCCCCGAGCUCGACCCCCUGGGGGACGCUGUGCUCCCCGCCGCGCCGGCCCCGCAGGCCUUCAACGUGCACUUCCUGUCCCCACUGCGGACUCCGCACGGGAGCCCCGCCGUCGUGCCCCUGGGCGCCUGGGCACGGGAAGGAGCGGCCCACGCCGGUGUCCGCGUGAUUCCAGUGGAAGUGAAGGAAGGAGGGGGCGCUAUCCCAAGUGAGAUUGCGGAGGAGGCCGUGCGGCAGACCCCUCUUUCCCAGGAAGCCCGCCUGUUCCCAUCGUCGCAGGAGGCAGAGGGCGCCUCUGUCGGCUCGCACAAGGACGCCAGCCCCCUGGUGCUGUGCCAGCUGAGAGGGGGGACGCCGACGCUGCGCAUAGACAGCUCUGGCGCGGGCGAUCUCAGGGCCCUGCGCUGGGCCCCUCCGGAGGAAGGCCGCAAUGACCCUCCCCCGCCAGAUGGCCCUAGACCAGUGACUGCUUUAGUAGGACAACUUUUGCCAGUACCGGCAAAAUUAAACCUCAUUACGCAGCAACUCGGUGACGGGGCCCCGCCAUCCACAGUCAGCGGGCCUGCCUUCCCCGCGGGAUCGGCUCUCGCAGGACCGCCCAAGGCAGCUGCGGCGGGGUAA